UGUCGAGCCACGAAUUAGAUUAGUGUUGCAAUUGACAAAACAUUGACUAAUGGAUACGAUUAGAGUCGGCCCUAGUGAGCUAGCUAAUUACGUACUCCGCCGGAGGAAGCCAUGGGGAUAAACGGGCAGGUGUAGAGGGCCUGGUGUCUCGUGAGUGCCCAAAGUCUAAGAACUGAGAUCAGAACAGAGCAAGAAUAGGAAGCUGCGGCUUCAACAUCAGAAGCGCACUGUUGCUGGAAUGGAUGUGACAUGAUGGUACUUUCCUUGAGGCACUUCUGCCACAGACUUAAAGUGUCUUGCUUAUACAUAGACCUGUUGUCUUCCAGCAAAGGAUCCCCACAGUAUCAUCUUCCAACUGUCCCCAGUUUUCUCCAGCCUAUCAGGUUAAAUAGCAUCAUAACCUCCAUCUGCUAAGAUGCAUUACAUCAAAUUCGGCAUCAGCUACCUCCUUUCUCUGCUCCUCACCGGGGUCAAAGGGCAGGAAAGCAAGCUCUUCACCAGAGGUCCAGCAUUCGCCGCUUAUCCCUACCCCACGUUCUUCAUUGACUGCCCUGAAAUCGGCGGCUCAGGCUCACGCAUGCAGACCGCGCACGCAUACGACGGUGGUGGAUAUUUCCCGGAGCUAAGAUGGCCUAUCACCACCUCAGACACCCAGGAAUACGUCCUGGUGUGCGAAGACCCCGAUGCACCUUUGACUGAACCGGUUAUCCAUGGACUCUAUUACGGUAUCCCCCCGGUACUCGUCGGACUCCACCGGUCCGACUUCAUUGAAGCGGACGCCAAGAAUGAUCCUUAUCGCCUCCGAGGCGGGUUCAAAUAUGGGGCAAACAGCGGAGGGGGUGUCUAUCUAGCGCCGAGGCCAGCUCGAGGCCACGGCCCCCAUCGAUACUUCUUCGAGCUUAUUGCGCUCAAUCACACUAUCGAUCAAAAUAAGCUUAGCGCUAUGGCAACGUUUGAGGAGAUUGCUCGUGAGGUCCAAGGCAAGGUUAGUGGAUGGGGUGAGUGGUAUGGAGUGGCGGAGAGGAAUUGACAGGGCACAAGGUUAUAGUGCAUCCUAUUUGUAUGGUUUGCCUUAUGCAGGAUGCUUUUCUUCCCUGACAAGUGAAACCGACGAAGUUCCAUGUAUGUAUUCAUUAGCGCCGAUCAGUGUUUCCGGUUGACAGCAUUGAAUUUAUUGCCUU